CAUGCGGUCAUGACGUCACAGAGCCUCGGCUGUUUACCCGCGAUCAGCUGACGGCGACCGUGACAGAGCAAAAACACUCCUCUGCGGAAGCUGUAUUUCCAAUUUCUCUCCUCUCAGCUCUGAACAAGCCACACAGCAAUGUCAGGGAUAAAGGUUGGAAUACUGACAGUGAGCGACCGAUGUUCCCGCGGGGAGGCGGAGGACACAGCUGGUGCGAAUCUGAAGGAUCUCGUAGCCAAGAACACUCUUUUCCGAGGACAGGUGGUUGAAUAUUGUUGUGUUUCUGAUGAAGUGGACCAAAUUAAAGAGGUUUUACUCAAGUGGUGUAAUGAGAAAGAAGUUAAUCUGAUCAUCACCGUGGGUGGAACUGGAGCAGCGCCACGAGAUGUAACCCCAGAAGCUGUGAAAGAGGUAAUUGAAAGAGAAGCAACUGGCAUGUGUAUAAAUAUGAUGACACAGUCGCUCAAAGUUACCCCACUUGCCAUGUUAUCGCGCCCGGUGUGUGGAUACCGCUCAAAGAGUUUGAUCGUGACUGUGCCAGGGAGCAAGAAGGGAUCUGAGGAGUGUCUGAGAUUCCUUGCUCCAGCAAUCCCCCAUGCGAUUGACCUUCUUACGGGACAGAAGACAGCUGUAGAAAAGACCCAUGAGCAGCUACAAGCAGAAGGAGUAAAAACUGGGCAUGGGCAUCACCACCACCACCACCCAGUGCACCAGCCUCACUGUCAUUUAAAUCGUGGUCACCAUCACCAUCACCACCACCAGGGACAUCAUCAUCAUCAUGCCAGUGACUCUGGAAAUAGCGAGUCGAAGGCAGAUGUGACAGCAGUAUGCCGGCGUCCCAGGAAGUCUCCAUAUCCGAUGAUUUCUGUCAGCCAAGCCACUGAAAUUGUAUUAUCACAUGCAGAGAAAGUUUCCAUAAAGACUCUUCCUAUGCAUGAGGCCUUAGGCUUUGUACUUGCAGAGGACAUCUUUGCCAAAGACCCACUACCUCCAUUCCCUGCUUCCAUAAAAGAUGGUUAUGCAGUUGUGUCCCAGGAUGGAGCAGGUAUCCGCAAGGUUGGAGGAGAUGCAACAGCAGGUUGUGGACCUGAAGAUAAUAAAGUAACCAGUGGUAUGUGUAUCAGAAUUAACACUGGUGCUCCUGUGCCACCGGGCGCUGAUGCUGUAGUACAGGUAGAGGACACAGAGCUUGUUAAAGAGAGUGAAGAUGGCAAAACUGAGCUUGAGAUCAAAAUCCUCAAGGCACCUUCUGUGGGCCAGGAUAUCCGUCCUCUAGGCUGUGAUAUUGCAGUUGGGGAAAAGGUUCUUGCUUCAGGAACUCUUCUUGGUCCCCCUGAAAUGGGUCUCCUUGCUACUGUAGGAGUCACGCAUGUUGCUGUUACAAACAAACCAACUGUUGCAGUCUUAUCAACAGGUAAUGAGCUCCAAGAACCAGGGGAGCAGUUAAAGGAAGGACACAUCCGCGACAGCAAUAAGACAACCCUCGUAUCUCUUCUGCGCCAACACAACAUCCCGGUUGUAGAUGCAGGGAUUGCCAAGGAUGAUCCGACCUUAUUGCUUGCAGCUCUUCGGAAAGCUCUGGACCAGGCGAGCAUCUUGGUCACCACGGGCAGUGUGUCGAUGGGAGAACGUGACAUUCUGCGGCCUGUGCUCACUACAGAUUUUGGAGCAGAGAUUCAUUUUGCACAGGUCUUCAUGAAACCUGGGAAGCCUACUACAUUUGCCACAUGUCUUUACAAGGGAGAGAAAAAACUAAUCCUGGGACUCCCAGGAAACCCAGUGUCAGCCAUAGUUACUUCCAACCUUUACCUACUCCCUCUCUGUCGCAAAAUGAGUGGUCGAAGUGCUGUUGAGAAUACAUGCAUAAAAGUAAAGCUGGCCUCCACCAUAUUUCUUGAUCCCCGGCCAGAGUACCACCGAGCCACUCUGUGCUGGGCACCUGGCGAGGAUUUUGCUGUGGCUUAUUCAACUGGAAAUCAGCUCUCCUCACGACUGCUUUCCAUGGCAUCAGCCCAAGCAUUGCUUAAACUUCCUCCUCGUACAGAGCAAACAAAAAGCAUCUCGGAAGGGUCUCUGGUGGAGGCUCUUUUGUUAGGCAUGUGAAGGUAGUAUUUGGUUAGCCAAAGGUAAACUGUCAUGCUAUAAUCAUUACUUGACUGUUGAUUUGCUGUGAGGAGGAAAUUUGUUUGUAGAAAUUCAAUAAAACACUGAAUUCUUUUUAAAAACUGUUAUGUUUAAUUGCUAUGAUUAUUACUUAUAAUUGACUUGCUUUUAGAAAAAAAAAAAAAAAAUAGAGAAGGAAACUUGUUUAGCCAAAUAUUAGGAAAAGUUAGAGAUAAAACAUUCAGGUCUUUUUUGUCAAAGAUACAAAGAUUGCAUUGAUAUUUAAGUGGGAUUGAACAGGAUGGUCCAUGCACAAAGUUUAUGAUAAUACAAAUUACACUUUUUUUUUUCUCUUUUUUUUUAUCUGGAAAAUCUUUUGGAUCACUGAAUUUUUAUUUAAAUGCGUAGUUUGAAUAUACAUAGAUAUUUGUUUAAUUGUGUAUUGAAAUAUACUUUACACAAGUUAAAAGUUUGUUCAUGCUUCUUUGGGCUGUUGAAGUGUAAGAAGGUUAAAAGAACCCAGUUGCAUAAUUUAGUUUAACAAAGAAGACAUUCUUUAUGUUCAGAAUAUGUUUCUUAUUCCUCACUAACAGUUGUAAAGAAUAUUUCUUUUUUUGUUUAAUUGUCUUUUAUGAAGGGAGUCUUGGACCCAUAGCAGGUAAGAAUGGUGCUAGAAUUUAAGCUGAAAGUUAGUGUGAUGGGCAGUAUAAAUGGGUGUUUUUGACAAAUGUUUAUUAUUGAUAAGAUUUUCAGAUUUAUAUUUUGCAUAUACGCAGUGAUAAGAUAUUUGAAUAAAAAAAGAAUUCUG